CGGCCGAGCGUCACACCGCAGCGGCUGCAGAUCCUGCAUGUCAGCGAGGAAGGAGUGGAGACGGGUACGAGAGACACACGGGGGGCCCAGCCGGAACAGAGGGAUGGAGACCCGGCGUGAGGAGGAGGAAGAAGAGGGCUGAUGCGACCCCGGACUCACUCCUUUCUUUCCAACUUGAGCCUCAUGCACGAACCCGGGCUGCAGAUGCAACCUGUCCGUCCUCCCAUCCGUCCCAGUAAUCCCCUUUUUUUUAUUGCAGCGUUUCCUUACAAUGACAACCUGGUGAACGCGCACAGGAUGGAGUAAAAACACCCGGCACUCCGCAGGAUGCGCAUCCCCAGCCCGGCAAGGAAGAAGAAGAAACCUGGCUGUUUGUCUGGCGACGCAUGUCCGAGGUUUUCCGCGGUGCCGUGGAUUGAUCGUCUCCUUCGUCGCCCUCCUGCAGCUGCCGGUGUCGGGGGAUAAUGGAGAGCUCCAAUGGCUCCGGCAGCGACACCAAACCGCAGAACCACCAGUUGGAGAAGAAGAGGCUGAACCGAGCGCCGUCCCCGGCCAGACCCUUCCUCAAGGAUGUGCACUCCCGCUCCGCCAAGCCACCUGCCAUCGUCCCCAAAUCCCCCAAACUCAACAAGCAGCAGUCCGCCUCAGUGCCCUUAGCCCACCCGAACCGCAGCUCCAGACGCGGCACCACCGGGGCCAAAGAGAAACCAGCCACCGUCAAAAGUAACACCAAGUCUGCUGCAGCCAAAAAGCCCACGAAGGUGCCCCAGCAUGCGGCAGCAGCCGAGCCCAAAGCCGCCGGCAUCAAACCGGACAGCACCAGCAGUCCGACUCUCGUUAAAGGCAAGAGGGGGAAGCUAGGCUCGGGGUCCCCGGGCCCUCACGUCCAUGGAUCCCCGAUCCGUGUACCGACCGGAGCGCCUCUGGGCCGGGUCAGCCAGACCGACAGCAGCUCGGACCUGUCAGACUGCCCGUCCGAGCCGCUGUCGGACGAGCAGCGGCUGGCAGCGGCCGCCAGCAGCGACGCAGAGUCCGGUACCGGCUCCAGUGACCGGGAUCAGCAGGGGGCAGAUAAUCCGCCGCGGGCAGAAGCGACCGGAGCUGCGGCGGCGGCUGCAGCUCAUCAGCCGCGCACAACCGAUGCUCCCGCCGCCAAGGGAAGCAUGUCUCAGGCUCAGCCCGGAGAGAAACACAAGAAGCCCGCAACAAGCGCACAAGUCAAACUGCCAGGCACCAGGGAUGUAACCGAGGAGGAGCUGCAGCGAGAGAUGGAAGAUCUGAGAUCUGAAAACGACUACCUCAAGGAUGAAGUGGAUGAGUUGCGGGCGGAGAUGGAAGAGAUCCGAGACAACUACCUGGAGGAGGAGGUCUACCAGCUGCAGGAGCUGCGGAGGGAACUGGACCGAUCCAACAAGAACUGCCGUAUCCUGCAGUACCGCCUACGGAAGGCCGAGCAGAAGAGCCUUCGGGUCGCACAGACCGGCCACGUGGACGGAGAUCUGCUACGUAGUCUGGAGCAGGACCUCAAGGUGGCCAAAGACGUGUCGGUGCGUUUGCACAACGAGCUGGAGAGCGUGGAGGACAAACGCAGCAGAGCCGAGGACGAGAACGAGCUGCUCAGACAAAAGAUCAUCGAGGUGGAGAUCUCCAAACAGGCGGUGCACAAUGAGCUGGAGAGGACCCGAGAGAAACAUCAGUCACCACCUCCCCACUCUGGCCUCCAGCCGUCGAGGACCCGAGACCACCAGCUCCCUCACAGAGCCAUGACGGGAGGUUGCCACUUCUGCACUUGUCAACCCUCCACAUGA